AUGGCAUACAAACGCUCUCGACAGGCCUUCGAAGCCGACCUCCAAAAAAAGUCCUCCCCCUUCGUCGCAUACGGAACACCAUUGCCCCCCAUAGACGAACAGACGAGAGAUGAUGGCUCUUUCGUGCCAAUUUGGAAGCAAGAGGUCACAGAUGAGAGAGGGAGAAAACGGUUACACGGCGCCUUCACUGGAGGCUUCAGCGCCGGAUAUUUCAAUACGGUAGGCUCCAAAGAAGGUUGGACUCCUUCCACAUUUGUCUCGUCGAGACAAAAUCGGUUCAAAGAUGGCAAAAAGCCUACGCAGAAGCCUGAGGACUUCAUGGACGAGGAAGAUUUGCGCGAGGCAGAAGAGGCCCGGAGUCUAAAUGUCUCGGAAGAUUUCGCAGGCUUUGGCACUGAGCAUGACUCCGUCCGCAAGACAGCGACCAUUGACCUUUUCCGGCCUCUUGAUGAGACUAUCGGCUCGAAGUUGCUCAAGAGAAUGGGUUGGAGAGAAGGCCAGGGAAUAGGACCUCGAGUCAGACGAGCAGCCAACCUGGGUAAUGAUGACGGAGAGCCUGCUGAGGAAUAUCUCUUCGCGCCUGAAGAUGCUCGCGUAAUCUCCUAUGAAAAGAAGACGGACUACAAGGGACUAGGCUAUGAGAGCGUAUUGUCGAAUGCGAGAAAGGCCACAGCUAAACCCGCUUCAGGAGGGGAAGAGAUUGAAGCUGGCCGAGGCGGAUCUUCUGAAGACGAUGCCGGUGGACUACGCACGGCUUCAAGGAAAUCUGCUCAACGGGGCGCCAAGAGCGGUAUAGGGGUUGGUGUUCUCAACGACGACGGGUCUGACGACGAAGACCCAUACUCCAUGGGUCCCAGAAUCUCCUACCACAGAGUCAUAGGAGGCGACAAGAAAUCGAAAACUAAAUCAAGAAACAUCACGAACUCUGCGAACCCCUUGGUGAAGACUAAACCGACAUACAUUUCGAAAAGGCUGGUGGAUCUGAAGGGAGUUUCGAGGAAAUGUCAUGAUGGCCGCCUGCCCCCCGAAGGGUUCGUGUUGGCCGGCCAAUUGGGGUCCAUGACCAUCCAGGACGACAAGUAUCGAUCGCCUGACGUUCCUGCUGGGUGGAAGUCCUCCAAGUUGACGGAGUCCGUCGCUGACUCUCAAUCGCCCUCCAUGUCGACUGCUGAGGCGGCGCGGGCAUCCGUUCUGACAGCCAAAUCGCGGGCCAACAUAUUGGGAGAACCACAGCUACCAGGGAAGUCUGUAUUCGACUUUUUGUCGCCUGCUGCACGUGAAAGGCUUGUUACUGCGUCAGGCAAAGGAAACCUCCCCGCAGCGGGAAACGAAGCUCCUCCCGAGGGGUUCGAAAAGGCGAAGUCUACGUCAAUUCCACUACAAAGUCUUGUCCCCCAACUUGCCCCUGAUGUAGCGCUCCAAGCGCUUAGCCGUGGUGCUAACGGUUGGAUGCCCUAUGCGGAGGAUGAGAAGAAGCGGACCAGAUAUCGUACCUAUCUGGAGAUCCAAGCUGGUCUCAGAAAGGCCGAAGGAGGCGACGAGCUCCCUCCCAGUGCAGAGGGAAUGGCGCAGAGCGACUGGGUGAUGGAAAUGCACGAGUUUGCGCGGGCAGCUGAAGUUUUCAAGCCCAUCAGUGGGCUCAUGGCUAGCCGCUUCACCUCUUCCUCGUCUCUACCCGAAGGCCGUCACAGUGACUCGGCAAAUGCCACAGAAGAAUCGCUAUUGGCCAGGCCAUCUGCCAAACCCGAGGAUCCUGCUGAAUCGGCCGCCAAGUUGGGUAUGUUUGGUCAGUUGACUAGGUCAAUGUCCAGUUUCUCUCCGACGAAGCUGCUCUGCAAGAGAUUCAAUGUGCCUCUACCAGAUCCCUCCGCAUUCGCAGCUCCCGACGCGGGAACGGGCGAUCCCGGCGGAGAACAGCCUGUUGCAGUAGCACAACAGUUCCGCUCCCACAUGUCAACUGGAUUUCAGGACGAGGCAAUUGAAGUUGAAAAUGCUAAGAGGGACAGAGACAGUGCUCAAGACAGCAUAGCCGAACCAAAUGGAUCAGGGCGAGAGGCACCGUCGGCAGCGGCUGGCAUCCAGCCAGAAAGGAACGAAGCCCUGGAGCAGGAAAGACCUGGACAAGCCGUAUUUAAAGCCAUUUUUGGUAGUGAUGACGAGGAUGAUUAG